AUGUUCGUUUUACUGGAAGGAAGAACCAGAGACCAGGCAUUCACGAUCGGCAAUGAGAUCGUUACAGCGGUAACCGCGCUCUCCCCGACCCCGGUGGCUCUCAAGCUAGAGAAGGUGUACCACCCUUGUGUGCUGCAGGCCAAGAAGCGAUACGUGGGCCUCGCGUACGAAUCCCCUGCUGCCACGUGUCCCCCUGUGUUUGACGCCAAGGGGAUUGAGACGGUCAGGCGGGACGGGUGUCCUGCUGUGAGCAAGCUGCUGGAGAAAUCCCUCAAGAUUCUGUUCUCCACCAACGAUCUAUCCCGAUUUGGUGCAUCUGACCACGGCAUGUCAGUUGGCAGGCAUGAAAUUCAUCACUUCGACCUUGCUCACCCACGCAUUACUCCUCUGCAGGUAUGCCAGCACUGCUUGCCUGCCCCUCUCUUCAGUUUCCCGUCCUUUUCUCCACUCGCUUUCAAGGGUAGCAUUCAUUCGUUCCACUGCUGUCUCUUCCCACUCGCCACCUUUGACUCGCCGCUCAUUUCCUAA